AUAAACCAAUUCUCUUUCUCUCUCUCUCUCUGUAAGAAAGGUAACCUCUUAAUCUCUCUCCGUCCCAACAACUUCCCAUUUAUUUUCCCCGCCCUUCUUCUUCCUCUCUCGCAUUUCUCACAGAAAUCCAAUUCUUCUGCGGAAAAAUGAGAGAGAUCCUUCACGUUCAGGGUGGGCAAUGUGGCAACCAGAUCGGUGCCAAGUUCUGGGAAGUUGUAUGCGCCGAGCACGGCAUCGAUACCACCGGGAAGUAUCAGGGAGAUUCCGAUCUUCAGCUUGAGAGGAUUAAUGUCUACUACAAUGAAGCUAGUUGCGGGAGGUAUGUACCUCGCGCUGUUCUCAUGGAUCUUGAACCUGGUACUAUGGACAGUAUCAGAUCUGGGCUUUAUGGUCAGAUCUUCCGGCCGGAUAAUUUUGUUUUUGGUCAAUCUGGUGCUGGAAACAACUGGGCUAAAGGUCACUACACUGAGGGUGCUGAGCUUAUUGAUUCCGUGCUCGAUGUCGUCCGGAAGGAGGCGGAGAACUGUGAUUGUUUGCAAGGGUUUCAGGUGUGUCACUCUCUAGGAGGGGGAACUGGAUCUGGGAUGGGUACUCUUCUGAUUUCGAAGAUCAGAGAAGAAUAUCCGGACAGGAUGAUGCUUACCUUCUCCGUCUUUCCAUCUCCCAAAGUUUCUGAUACUGUCGUUGAGCCUUACAACGCUACUCUCUCAGUUCAUCAACUGGUUGAAAAUGCAGAUGAGUGCAUGGUUCUUGACAAUGAAGCUCUCUAUGAUAUUUGCUUCCGUACCCUCAAGCUCACCACUCCAAGCUUUGGUGAUUUGAACCAUUUGAUCUCUGCAACCAUGUCCGGUGUGACUUGCUGUUUGAGAUUCCCUGGGCAACUUAACUCUGAUCUCAGAAAGCUUGCUGUUAAUCUCAUUCCCUUCCCUCGUCUCCACUUUUUCAUGGUGGGUUUUGCUCCUCUCACAUCUCGUGGUUCCCAGCAGUACAGAGCACUGACUGUGCCGGAGCUUACUCAACAAAUGUGGGAUGCCAAGAACAUGAUGUGUGCUGCAGACCCACGACACGGUCGCUACUUAACUGCCUCUGCUAUGUUCAGAGGCAAGAUGAGCACGAAGGAGGUAGAUGAGCAAAUGCUCAACGUGCAGAACAAGAACUCUUCUUACUUUGUGGAGUGGAUUCCAAACAAUGUUAAAUCGACUGUUUGUGAUAUUCCUCCAACUGGUCUGAAGAUGGCUUCAACGUUCAUUGGAAAUUCCACAUCAAUUCAGGAAAUGUUCCGCCGUGUGAGUGAGCAGUUCACUGCCAUGUUUAGGAGGAAAGCUUUCUUGCACUGGUACACAGGUGAAGGUAUGGACGAGAUGGAGUUCACUGAGGCUGAAAGUAACAUGAAUGAUCUGGUUUCUGAGUACCAGCAGUACCAAGACGCCACAGCCGAUGAGGAAUAUUACGACGAAGAAGAAGAGGACCCAGAAGAUAAUGUGUAAGAAGAUGAGAUAGAAUGUGGGGGUUUUAUGUUUGUAGGGAUUGUGUAAUAUGUUGCAACUUCUGUUGCUAGUCUUAUGGAUUUGUCUAUUUUGUGUUGUCUUUUAUCUCUAUGUUGUGCUCGACUUUUGAACUGAUUGUGUCUGCAGACAGUUAAAUUUUUACCGUAGCUGAUAAUGAAUUGUUUGUGUAAUCCCAUAUAUGAACAUCACUUUCACUAGCUGAUUUCCCUUGGUUCGAAUAUCAAAGCUAGGCCAGUUUGGGACUGUUUUGCAAGUGUUCUUUGUUUUUAUUUUGAAAUAUCUGUAAAUUGUGGAUGAGGCA